UAGAGAUUAUUAGAGAUUUGCCAAGUUGGAAGUUGGAGAGAGUGCAUCAAAGAAAAGAGAUUAUUAGAGAUUUGCCAAGUUGGAAGUUGGAGAGAGUGCAUCAAAGAAAAGAGAUUAUUUGAGAUUUGCCAAGUUGAAGUAGUUGGAAGUUGGAGAGAGUGCAUCAAAGAAAAGAGAUUAUUUGAGAUUUGCCAAGUUGGAAGUUGGAGAGAGUGCAUCAAAGAAAAGAAAUUACCCUUUGCCAUAUUAUGGCUUCAGUGGCAAAGAGGUUCAAGUCCUCUGAAAAGGAGGAUGGCAUAUAUGAAGGCUUUGUCCAUCAAGUUUCCGCAGUAAUUGAAAGUGCUUCAAAGAGAAGAUAUUUUACAGCUAUACUCCAGCAAGCCGACAAAUGUUCACGCAUGGUGGUUUUUGAUGUGCAAAAGCACAACUUUUUUCAAUGUGCUGAAAAAGAUAGGAGUCCUUUGAAGGUGUCUGGUGUUGGGAUGAGUCCGUCAAGACAAACUGCUGGACAAAAUGACCUGCUCGUGAACCAUCGCAGCAUAGUGAAUAGUGUUAAAAGAGUCGAUUUUCUAUUUUCUGAACCAGCCCAGGAGUCCAUACAGGAGAAGAAUAUUAAUGAAAUCUUAAGUGAUGGACGAGAGUUUCAAAAGGUAAACGUUACUGCCAAAGCUGUGAAGUUGUGCGAAGAGGGUGAUGGUGUCACUCGUCAGAAAGUUGUAAUGAAGAAGGCUACUUACAUCAUUGCAGAUGCUACUGCGAGUGUUCCAUUGACCAUUUGGGGCAACAAUUUGAUGAAUAUCGAUUGUUGGUAUAGUUUUUCAAAUGUGUCUGUACGCCGAUAUUUAGGUAGCACAGUGCUCACUACCACAGCAGAAACUAUUAUUAGUACAACUGUAGCGCAGGCUACAACUGUUGUGUUUAAGGAGGAUUCAAGUGAGAUCAUCCGUGGAGAGAUUGCUUCAGCUGAAGCUAAAGUUGUUCAUGUUUGUCCGAAACGGCAUGAAAUAACAAGCGUAAAUGUUGACAGUCCGAUCACACGUUGUGAGAUGUGCAAAACGUUUUGGAAAACUAAGUACGUCACAAAAUCUGUUAGUGUGGAAGUGAUGGUGGAUGUUGGCCAUAAACUUGUGCCGGUGACUUUGGGUACGGUUUUGGUUAAGAGUUUGUUGGGGGUUGAUGUUCUUUUAUUGAGUGCAGAUGAUUUGGUGUCUUCUCUUUUGGCACAUAAAAUGUUACAGAUGCCACGUCCCAGUAAGCGGUCCAUGGCGGCCAAGAAAAGACAGGCUGCAUUGAAGUCCACAGAGGUCAAGUGUUGUGAAGAAUUUUGA